UCAAUCGGGCCGUGUGCAAAAUGGUAAAAAUUGUUCUCUCGCUCAGAAGCUUACCAAAGUUAUUGAGAAAGCAAACAAGUGAGUGUUAGGUGGUUAGUUUAAGCUUUAGAUUUUUUACUUUCUGACGUCCCAGUUCUCACGCAGCACCGAUCAGGAACUUUACUACAAUGCCUUUCAAACCUGUUCAACAACCCAAGUGCCCCAAAUGUAGUAAGUCAGUUUACGCCGCUGAAGAAAUGUUAGCAGCUGGUCAAAAGUGGCACAAGAACUGCUUUAAAUGUGGUCUCUGUCAGAAAAGAUUAGACAGUACAAACGCCUCUGAACACGAUUCUGAGAUAUUCUGUAAACAGUGUUACGGCAGAAAGUUCGGACCCAAGGGUUAUGGUUUCGGUCAGGGGGCUGGAACCCUGACUAUGGACACUGGAGAGCACCUAGGCAACACUGAAACUCUGAUGAGUAAUAAACCAACUGACCCGAACUACGGCUGAAUGACAGGACUCAAGCAUAUCUUCUACUGUUGGGCUGUUUGUUUUUUUGUUUGUCAAGAUAUAGUAUAUAAGGAAAGAAUGAUAAACAUAAGAAACCCAACUUUUCUCCUGAUGAAGAGAGGUCUAAUAGGAUUUCUUAUUUUUGUCUUCAAUUGAUUUUUUAUAACUUUGUUUUCCAAACAUCACGAGUAAAGGAUGAUUCAUUGAGGACAGUUUAUUGAUAAUAUUUUAAUAAAACAUGCUUAUUUAAAUAUUUUUAAUGUCAACAUCCUUCUCUGCAUGAGCGUGUGAAACCUCACUUGGAAGAGCGCGGGGAUACGGUGAUAAAACGUGGUUAUAUACAAUAAAUUAUUAAUGAAAACUUUUUCCAAUCCUUAAUACUUAUUUUCAUAAAAAGAAAUUAUCGGUUCAAUUGAAACAUUACUUUUUUCAUGUUAUGGAAAAAUAUUAAUUGUGUGUUUUUAAUUAAAGUUAUUGUUUAUAUUAUAUGUUGCACAGAAUUGACUCCAUAAGCGCUGGUCAAUCAUGUACUUGCUUUCUAUAACGCCCUCUAUUCAUUAAAACGUUUCGAACAAUUA